UCUGGUAUCUUAGAUUAACACAACCUGCACAUGUGAGCAAGAAUUAAAUCAUGAUGUGUCUUGAAUUUUUGGUCAAGUCGUCUUGUGAAAAGAUGGAGAAGCCUGUAAAGCGGCUGCUGCUGGAAAUGCUGCUGGACCUGCCAGAUAAAGAUCUGAACUCUUUCAAGUGGCGCCUUGCAAAUCUAAAGUUACAUGAUUUGCCGGCCAUUAGAAAGAGCCAUCUGGAAGGAGCGGACAGGAUAGAUAUGGUGGAUUUGAUGCUUGCAUACUACACCGCUGAUCAAGCAGUGGAGGUGACCACCUCCAUAUUAAAGGAUCUCUGCAGGAACGAACCAGUGAUAGCGGAGAGAUAUUCACCAACACUCAUCCCCGGCUUAAAAAAAAAAAAGGCAAAUCGAAUAGCCCUGCUAAUUAAUAAUAAACGUGUCAAAGAUUUAAUUCUUCGACAUGGAGCUGAAAAAGAGGAGCAGGCCAUGUUAGACCUGCUCACACGUCUGGGAUAUGAGGUGAUGGCUUAUAGAGACUUGUCUGCAAAGGAGAUGGACAAUGCUCUGAUUCAGUUCACCACACAUGAAAUGAUCCUCCAGACAGACAGUGUGUUUGUGGUCAUCUUGUCUCCUGGAAAUAAGACAUCUCUCUUCGGCACUGACGGUGAAAAGUAUGAGAUCAAUAAUGUUUACCGACACUUAAAAGCCAAAAGCUGUCCUGCACUGCUCAACAAACCGAAGAUCAUCAUCGCUGAGACCUACAGAGGAGAUGGUGCUGUAUAUUCUGACCAUCUUGGAGAAGCAGAACUCACUGAAGAUGUUAUGACGCUCAGAGAAAAAGACUUUGUCUCUCUUCUUUUUACCUCCCCAGACACUGCUUCAUUUCGAUCUGCAGUGUAUGGGUCCAGUUUCAUCCAUUAUGUUGUCCAGGUGUUCAGCCUCUACUCCUUUAAGUGGAACAUUGAAGAGCUUUUUAGAAAAGGUUUAUAAUUCAACAACUCAAGUCUCACCUAAGGAAGAAGUUCCAGUGUGUGUUUGACGGAAUCACUAAAGCAGGAAACGUAACCUUUCUGAACCGGAUCUACACAGAGCUCUACAUCACAGAGGGAGGAACUGCAGAGGU